AUGGCACCCUAUGAUCUGUCCGGCAAAUAUGCAGUAGUCACGGGUGGAGGAUCAGGUAUCACUCUUGAUUUUAUCAAGCUUCUCCUCGCCGGCGGUACUUCUGUAAUAGUCGGCGACCUUCACCUCCGCCCCGAGGCCGAGGAGCUUGCCUCCAUGUACCCUCACCCCCCUCAAGACUCCAAGCAUGCAUCCUUUAUCUUUCACAAAACCGACGUCACCUCCUGGCCGCAGCUGUCCUCCCUAUGGAACACCGCGCUAGCCACCUUUCCGCAGGUUGACAUGGUAGUUCCCGGUGCGGGUGUCCUCGAGCCAUACUGGAGCUCAUUUUGGCAUCCACCGGGCGCCGAAGGGUCGCCAUCUACCGACAACCCCGACGCCGAGCCUGGGACUUACGCCACUCUCAAUGUCAAUCUCGUGCACCCCAUCCGACUUGCGCAGCUGGCACUGGCGUACUGGACGACCGGCAAAAUUAAAGGGAACCUGCUCUUUCUGGGUAGCGUCGCCGGGUAUACGGGUACGAUUCACGUCCCCCUGUACCAUGCGGCCAAAGCUGGCCUUCACGGCUUUGUCAAGAGCAUCGCGCCGAUGCAUGCACGUCUGGGUAUCCGCGUGGCAUGUGUUGCGCCGGCUCCGGUUUUGACGCCCUUGUGGGACUCUAAUUCCUCAGUAGCGAAGCUUGGCAAAAACGACCCGGCGUUAACGUCAAGGUUUGUCGCCGAGUUGAUGCUGGAUGUGUGCACGUCUGAAAACUACCGUGACGGCAACGUUGUCGAGUGCAUCGAGGUUGGCACCCUCGAGAAUCCGAACCCAACAAUUCGCGAGGUUCCCUGCCAUCUGCUGCACCCGUCCGUUGGCCCGGGUGUCACGUCGAUCUUGGCUGCAGAGGAGGAGCGCUUAUGGAAGAUGAUGGAAACGUCGGGCUUCGAGGCCUAG